UCACAACAAUGCUCACACCGUAUACAGUGAUUCCUCAUCUUGACUUUGGGACGGGUUUCUCAGCUUGUGGAUUUUCUCUUUUGCUUUCAAAAUGGAGCCCGAAGUGACCGCAGUGACGGAGCCCGUGUGGCUGGGCGAAGGCCCGCACUGGUCACAGGAACACCAGGCUUUAUUCUUUGUGAGCAUAUUCGACAAGACCAUCCAUAAGUACGAUCCGGCAACCGGUGAGCACACCAGAGCUAAACUGGCUGAUAUGCCCGGCUUCAUCAUCCCGAUGGAGGGUACCCUUGACCAGUUCGUGGUGGGAUUGAAACGCCGCGUGGUGGUGGUGCGGUGGGACGGACGAGGUGAGGCGCACGAGCUGCGUCAGAUCGCAGAGCUUGAUCAACACUGCCCCGACAACAGGAUCAACGACGCCAAGGCGGACCCCAGGGGACGACUUUUCGUCGGUACAAUGGGUCACGAAUACGAGCCCGGCAAGUUCCACCUCAAGAAGGGAUCGCUAUACCGGGUGGACGCGGACGGGUCCGUGCACCGACUGGAACAAGGCCUCGACAUCUCCAACGGGCUCUGUUGGGACACGCGAGAGAAGGCCUUCUACUACGCAGACUCCUUCGAGUUCGCAAUACGAAGAUAUGACUAUGACAUCGAAACUGGAAACAUAUCCAAUCCAAAAUUGAUAUUUAAAUACAAGGAUCACGGCCUGGAAGGGAUCGUCGACGGCAUGACCAUAGACACAGACGGUAACCUUUGGAUCGCUAACUUCGAUGGUUCACAGGUGCUAAAGAUCGACCCCCGCAAGGGCGCACUCCUGCAGAAAGUACCCACUCCGGCGCUACAGACCACUUCCGUGGCGUGGGGGGGGCCCACACUUGACCAGCUGUACGUGACGUCAGCCUGCAUGAACCGCGGCCAGGAGCAGCUGCCGCCCUGCGGGGCGCUGUUCCGAGUGAGCGGGUUGCGCGCCCGGGGCCUACCCGGCUGCGGGAUUAGGGUGCAAUAAAUAAAUAUUAUAUAAUUCUAACAAUAA